ACUCCAAGUAUGCGAUGUUCAUGAGUUCCAUGGCCGGAGCUAUCCUGGCCAAUAACAGCAGUGACAUGAAGCUUCUCAUCAGUGCAGUCAGGAAAGGAGAUGACAAGUUCUCUGGUUUGUCUGAUGAGGAGAUGCUGUUCUUCACUAAGCCACACCAGAUAGCAUCCUACGUACGCCGUGUCACCCGUGGUGUUCGGGAGAGUGCUGCUGCGGUCGAGCACAUCCUGGCCGAGUUCAAGGGACGGGCAGGCCUAGACAGCGAUGGAAUCCCUCUCUUCAAGUCUGAUGAAGCUGCUGAUGCGCACUGGGCCAUUGCUAGCAAGCAUCUCAGUUGCAUGCAGGACCCGCCCAACAUCCCUUUGUAUGUUGCCUUGAAGGAGGUGGUCAUGAAUGGGGUAAAGCUGACCAAGUUCAGAUGUCGACGGGGAAGCAACGCCCUCGAGGGCAUGCAUUCACACAUCUUCCGUGCCAUCCCAUCUCAUCGCUGUGGUAUCAUGCCCUUCCAGGUGUACCUUAUAUCCUUUGCUGUACAAUGGAACAGCAGAAUGGAGAAGAUGAAGGUCGCUGGACAGAAGGGGCCCACUCUGGUUGAUGAUCCUCGCCAGAUUCAGAGGAUGAAUACCCAGGAGGAGAUGCUGUAUGGCAAGGAGCACGUCUACAACCAAAACUUUAGAGGCCCCAUGCUACCACCAACCAACCCUGAAGAGGAAGAACUACUCGGUGUAGAAUAUGCCGUCACCCAGUCCACUGCUUUUUCUUCAAAGCAUUACUACACGGAAAAAGUCGAGGAAGAGCAACAGGCAGAGGAGGAGAAGGAGGCUGAUUCCAGUCAGGAUGAGGGAGCCAAGGAGGAGGAGGAGGAGGACGAUGAAGGGUUCACCGAGACACCAGAUUCCCCUGUGGCAGCACUCAUGUCGGUGAACACCAAGCACACCGUCCUGACCAAGGAGGAAACGGUUGGGGAGGAGGACAGUCCAGCCAUGGAGGAUGUCCUUAUGACCAGCCGCAACCUACACCUUCCCGGCUUCGACAAGGUGGAAGCACUGUCCCUCCUCCUACUGAAAUUGGUUGACAGCGAGCAACAUCUUGUGCCAGCUGAGUUACGCGACAGCAUUGCGAGAGCGGCGAGUGAACUCGCUGAACACGACAAGUCGGCCAGAAACUUUGUCAAGCGUUACGAGAGCAAAUGGGGAUAUACUCUGUUUGGGAGGUGUCUCGGUGCAGAGUCUCCUCAAGCCAGCGCUGCGCAGAAGACAAAGUUUGGCUGGAUGGGGUUUCCCCAAGCUGCUCCAAUCAACGAGGAAUCCCGACUACUCUACCUUGUCAUCCAGCUAAUGAAGAAUCAUCCAGCAGUGUCUUCCUUGUCCCCAACAAAGACGGCGACCAACAUCCGCCUGCGUUACAAGACAAUCUGCGACAGAAUCAUGGAUGAUCCUCUUCUGUCUACCCUCAAUCUUCCCCUGCCCAACAUAAACUCAAAAUCCAUCACCAACUUCAUAUCAAAACAGGAGACCAAAUACAACCUCAUGUCCACUGCUCAACCAAAGGUGGUCUCACACAGGAGGGUAAUAUCAUUUGAUAACAUUCCUGAUCCUGUGGAGCUUCCUGAGGUCAUACCCAAGCCACAAUACCAGGAGCUUCAAUACAAGAUCGUCCAACAUGAAGCCGGCAGACGCAGGGGUGAGAAGAGGCGCCAUCCUGGUUCUGAUCCUUCCUCAUCCACCACACCAACUGAAGCAUCAGGCGAACCCAUCACGUCUCCUAAACCCAUCGCUCCAAAGCCCAUCGCUCCAAAAGCAGCUGCAGGCAUCCCCAUUCUGGUAGUACUGCCAUCACAGCCAAAUUUCAGAUCUCUGGCGCUGCCAUCAACAAGUGGUGAACCAAUGCGGAUUAGGCCUGCCCCUUCCAAACUAUCCAAGCCACCUUCCCGUACUUUACUUCCGAAUCCAUCAAAGAAACCUUGUGCCGCUUGCAAGGUCCCACGAUGUGGAGGUAAGAAGCAGAGGUACCAUCCCUCCAAACCAAAGUUGCUAGGUACAGGUGUUCGGAAGAUCUUCACAUACUGCCCUACAACCAACAGAUCCACAACCCCUGGAUUUGACAUCCAGCAAUUUGACAGCUUUGAACAAUUUAAAAGGGUUGUAGAUGAAGAGUUGGAGCGGUUGAGAAACGCUUCUCAAAAUUGA